AUGAGGCCUUCACUUUCAUUUUCAUGCUUUCUUCUCAUCGUAGCUCUUGUCCAAUUCAUUGCCUUUUCUUCCUCGUCUGAGCAGCCAUCAGUGCUUUGUCACAGCGAUGAGCGUCUUGCUUUGAUGCAGUUCAAGGAGAGCUUCAUCAUCGACAAGCAUGCUUGUUCUUCUACUUCGUCUUCUUAUCCUAAGGUUGAUAGUUGGGAUUCACAAGGUGUGGAUUGCUGUUCAUGGGAUGGCGUAGAGUGUGACCAAAUGACCGGUGUCGUGAUAGGCCUUGACCUCAGCAGUGGUUGCCUUUACGGCUCCAUCAAUUCCUCCCAACAUUCUGUAUUUUCUGGUCAAAUACCCUCAGAAAUUUCAAAGCUCUAUAGGCUAUCUUCCCUGGAUCUCUCAAAUAAUCAAGAGUUUAACCCUUUUCGAAGGUUGUUGGAACUCAAAGAGCCAGAUUUGAAUAAUUUGAUACAGAAUUUAACAAACUUGGAGAAGCUGCAUCUCUCGUACGUAGAUAUGGCUUCUCCGGUUACUUGCCAGAGUUCAGUUUCAGCAACAAUCUUAAAACGUUGGCGUUGUGGAAUACAAGCUUUUUCUGGUGAGUUACCUGCAUCAAUUGAGAACCUUGAUUCCAUGGAAUUCUUGGGACUCGGUCACUGCAACUUCACAGGGUUAGUGCCAUCUACAUUGGGUAAUCUCACCAAUCUCAAGUUCCUGGAUCUUGCAACCAAUUAUUUUAGGGGGUCAGUACCGCCGACGCUGGCUAAUCUCACCAAGCUCGAUUAUUUGGAUCUUGGUAGUAAUUAUUUUACAGGUUUUAUUCCUCCUGAGCUGACCAACCUGACCCAACUCACUCAUUUGGACCUGCAACAUAACAUGUUACAAGGAUCAGUUCCAAGCUCACUCCCACGACUCGAGAAACUUGAAUUUUUCGACUGUGACGCCAAUAGAUUGGGUGGCAUACUGGAGAUGGAUACAUUUCUUGAGCUAAAGAAUUUGCAAAAUUUGUUUCUGUCAAAGAAUGAUUUCUAUUUAGUUUCUAGAAAUAAUAGCAAUGCCACCGGUGCUCAGCUUGUUGAUAUAGGGUUGCGGUACUGCCAUCUAACAGAGUUCCCAUAUUUCUUGCGCAACCAACACCGCUUGCAGCUUCUUGAUCUUUCUUCAAACAACAUUAAGGGCCAGAUACCCCAAUAG